AUGGCCAAACUCGUGCAGUGCAAAGAUGUGGAGCAGAAGGUGCCUGUGUUGUGGAUGAAAACAGCUGGUUACUGUGGAAUUAAUGUGCAUCAGCCCACAGCUUUUGCUCACAAGUUUCUUCAGCUCUCUGGAGUAGCUCUCUUCUGGGACGAGUUUUCUGCAUCAGCAAAAUCUUCUCCAGUGUGUUCAACUGCACCAGUGGAAACUGAGCCAAAGCUGUCACCUAGCUGGAACCCUAAAAUUGUCUAUGAGCCACACCCACAGAUAACGAGAACUUUACCAGAGGUAGCGCCCUCUGACCCAGUGCAGAUUGGAGUGCUAAUUGGUAGGUUGGAGUUGAGUCUCACGCUGAAACAGAAUGAAGUACUUCCUGGAGCUAAGUUGGAUAUUGAUGGACAGAUAGACUCUAUUCCUCUAUUCCUGUCCCCAAGACAGGUACACUUGCUUUUGGAUAUGUUAGCAGCUAUUGCUGGACCAGAAAAUUCUAGCAAAAUAGGGUUAGCUAAUAAAGAUAGAAAAAAUCGACCCAUGCAACAGGAAGAAGAAUAUCGCAUUCAGAUGGAAUUAAACCGGUAUUAUUUGAGAAAAGAUUCCCUCUCUGUGGGUGUAUCUUCAGAGCAAAGCUUUUAUGAGACAGAAACGGCUCGUACACCUUCUAGCCGUGAAGAAGAAGUGUUCUUCUCCAUGGCUGAUAUGGACAUGUCCCAUAGUCUCUCUUCUCUUCCACCCCUUGGAGACCCCCCACAUAUGGACCUUGAGUUAUCAUUAACUAGCACAUAUACAAAUACUCCAGCAAGAUCUCCAUUAAGUGUCACUGUGCUUCAGCCAACAUGGGGAGAUUUUCUUGAUCAUCAUAAAGAACAGCCUGUAAGAGGGUCAACAUUGCCAUCUAACGUAGUUCACCCAUCACCUUUACAGAAGACUUCUCUCCCAUCUAGACCUGUUUCAGUGGAUGAAUCCAGGCCCGAGCUUAUUUUUAGACUAGCUGUGGGAACUUUUUCAAUCUCUGUGCUUCACAUUGAUCCAUUAUCACCACCUGAAACAUCAUUGAACGUUAAUCCAUUGACACCUCUGGCAAUAGCUUUCUUUUCUUGCAUAGAAAAGAUUGAUCCAGCAAGAUUUUCAGCAGAUGAUUUUAAGUCUUUUCGAACAGUAUUUGCAGAAGCUUGCUCACAUGAUCACCUUAGAUUUAUAGGUACUGGCAUCAAAGUAUCCUAUGAACAAAGACAAAGAUCAGCUUCCAGAUAUUUUAGUACUGAUAUGUCCAUUGGUCAAAUGGAACUUUUGGAGUGCCUGUUUCCGACUGAUUUUCAUUCUGUUUCUCCUCACUAUACCGAGCUUUUAACAUUUCAUUCCAAAGAAUGGACUGAUUCUCACCCCCCUGUAUGUCUUCAGCUUCAUUAUAAGCAUUCUGAGAAUAAAGGACCCCAGGGUAAUCAAACAAGACUUAGUUCUGUUCCUCAGAAGACAGAAUUACAAAUUAAAUUAAAUCCAGUAUUUUGUGAGCUGGAUAUCAGCAUUGUGGACAGGUUAAAUUCAUUGCUUCAACCACAGAAACUUACUACAGUAGAGAUGAUGGCAUCUCACAUGUAUACUUCAUAUAAUAAGCAUAUUAGUUUACACAAGGCUUUCACUGAAGUAUUUCUAGAUGACUCACAUAAUCCUGCAAAUUGUCGGAUAUCAGUACAAGUUGCCACACCAGCAUUAAACCUUUCUGUUCGCUUCCCAAUCCCUGAUCUUCGAUCAGAUCAAGAAAGAGGACCAUGGUUUAAAAAGUCACUUCAGAAGGAGAUUCUUCAUUUAGCAUUCACAGAUCUAGAAUUUAAGACUGAAUUCAUAGGAGGAUCAACCCCAGAACAAGUUAAACUGGAACUUACCUAGAGAACUAGUUGUCUUAUUUUAUCAGGGUCAUUCCAAGAAGAUAAGGGAGAGCCAUCUAUUCAAUUUCUCCACGUGUGUAGUGAAGUAGAUGGAGAUACAACAUCAUCAGAUGACUUUGACUGGCCACGAAUUGUACUGAAAAUAAAUCCACCAGCUCUGCAUUCCAUUUUGGAGAGAAUAGCAGCCGAGGAAGAAGAGGAGGGUGGUGCUCAUUCCCUGAAGGACUUGUGUGAUCUGAGAAGACCAGCCCCCUCUCCCUUUUCUUCUCGUAGAGUCAUGUUUGAAAAUGAACAGAUGGUGAUGCCAGGAGACCCUGUAGAAAUGACAGAGUUUCAGGAUAAAGCAAUCAGCAAUUCUCACUAUGUGUUGGGACUUACGUUACCCAAUAUUCAUAUAACACUACCUAAUAAAAGCUUUUAUGAGAAGCUUUAUAAUAGGAUCUUUAAUGACUUGCUGCUGUGGGAACCAACAGCUCCUUCACCAGUGGAGACUUUUGAAAAUAUUUCAUAUGGUAUUGGGCUUUCAGUAACCAGCCAGCUGAUCAAUACCUUCAACAAGGAUAGUUUUAGUCCAUUUAAAUCUACAGUUCACUAUGAUGAGGAAAGUGGAUCUGAGGAGGAGACUUUGCAGUAUUUUUCUACUCUUGAUCCCAACUAUCGUUCCCGUAGGAAAAAAAAACUCGACUCUCAGAGCAAGAACUCACAGAGUUUUCUCUCUGUUCUUCUGAAUAUUAAUCACGGAUUAAUAGCAGUGUUUACAGAUGUAAAGCAAGAUAAUGGAGAUCUAUUGGAAAACAAACAUGGUGAAUUCUGGCUGGAGUUCAGUAGUGGUUCGUUAUUUUGUGUGACAAAAUACGAAGGUUUUGAUGAUAAGCACUACAUCUGCCUUCACUGCAGCCCCUUCAGCCUGUACCACAAAGUCUUUGUUUGUAUCUAUAAGAACGAGAUGGAGCUGAGUAACCAGAAAGUGCAGGUUUAUUGA